GCUGCUGCAGCAUGUCUCUUUUUCUUCAUUUUGUCUUUUUCCUACCUUUGCACUGCCCACACACCCUGCUCUCACACCCCUGACACCCCUCUUUCCUCCACACAUUUUCUCCCGUACCUAGUCUUGCUAGUGUAUCGUACUACACGCCUCCAUUCCCAACCUAGGAAGCACCAUGCAAAGAUACAAAGUGACAAAGGGCUCGAGACAAGACGUUCUCCCGAGGAGUCUUCCCCAACUCUCCCCGAUUCUAUCCCUAUUCCUCCUCUAUCCCGAACCCGCACAGGGAUCUACGCCCCUCCGCCGAACCCGAGAUAAUAUCGUGAAGCUCGCAGCAACGGCAAUUCGUCCAGUUACAUCGGCGUCUUCGCCCCCGCGACUCCACACGACGCGCCCGUUCUUAUAAGUCCAAGACCCCAUUCUGGCCCUCUAUCCUCGGUCCAGCUUCAGAUCCAAGCCACCCAAAGCAGCUUUGUCUAUGCUUGUACUCACGAGUCUCACACUCCCAUCUUACUCCGUCCACCCCGGCCAAUUUAUUCCAGAAGUGUGGAUACGAUUCCUUUCGCGAUCCCUGAAAGCGGACGAGAACCACAAGCCUCCAAGCCUUGACCCAAACCAUCUUCACCCGAUCUCAAAGACCUACCCGUCCAACGACUCAAUUCUUUAUAACCAUGAAGGAUCCCGUCCAGAGAACUGCUUCUCCCUACACUGAUCCCAAAGUUAAAGGCCCAAAGUCUCAGAUUCUCGCAGAAGGAACCCAAGCAGACUUACGCAAGAUGAUCGCUAGCAACGUCAACAAGACUCCUCUCCACCCUGGUGGUGUUGCUCCUCACCAGGAGCACACUGAGCUUGAGGAGGAGCUUCACGAGACCGCGCACAUCGACUACGACCGUGUCGCCAUUAUCCCCAACCCUUCCGUCCCCGCCCUUUACGAAGAUGCUCUCGUCUACGAGACCGGUUCCGCCAUCACAUCAAGUGGUGCCUUGACUGCCUACUCUGGAAAGAAGACUGGCCGUUCGCCUCUGGACAAGCGAAUUGUCGAGGAGGACAGCUCCAAGAACGACAUCUGGUGGGGCCCCGUUAACAAGCCCAUGUCACCCGAGGUCUGGAAGAUCAACCGCGAGCGUGCCAUCGACUACCUCAACACCAGAAACCGUAUCUACGUCGUCGACGGUUAUGCCGGCUGGGAUGAGAAGUACCGUAUCCGCGUCCGUGUCAUCUGCGCCCGCGCCUACCAUGCUCUCUUCAUGAGAAACAUGCUCAUUCGCCCUCCUCGUGAGGAGCUCGAGCACUUCCACCCCGACUACACCAUCUACAAUGCCGGCUCUUUCCCUGCCAACAGAUACACCGAGGGUAUGACCUCUGGCACCUCAGUCGCCAUCAACUUUGCCGAGAAGGAGAUGGUCAUUCUCGGUACUGAGUAUGCUGGUGAGAUGAAGAAGGGUGUCUUCACCGUCCUCUUCUACGAGAUGCCUAUCAAGCACAAUGUCCUCACUCUGCACUCCUCUGCCAACGAGGGCAAGAACGGCGAUGUCACCCUCUUCUUCGGUCUGUCCGGCACCGGCAAGACCACUCUGUCUGCCGACCCUCAGCGCGCCCUGAUCGGUGAUGAUGAGCACUGCUGGAGUGACCGCGGUGUCUUCAACAUUGAGGGCGGCUGCUACGCCAAGACCAUCGGCCUGUCCGCCGAGAAGGAGCCCGAUAUUUUCGGCGCCAUCCGCUUCGGCUCCGUCCUCGAGAACGUUGUCUUCGACCCCGAGACCCGUGCUGUCGACUACGAUGACAGCACCCUCACAGAAAACACCCGCUGCGCCUACCCCAUCGAGUACAUCAGCAACGCCAAGAUUCCCUGCUUGUCAGAAUCUCACCCCACCAACAUCAUUCUCCUCACUUGCGACGCUCGCGGUGUUCUGCCUCCCAUCUCGAAGCUUGACCGCGCCCAGACCAUGUUCCACUUCAUCUCUGGUUAUACCUCCAAGAUGGCCGGAACUGAGGACGGUGUCACCGAGCCGCAGGCCACUUUCUCCUCCUGCUUCGCUCAGCCCUUCCUGGCCCUGCACCCCAUGCGCUACGCUAAGAUGCUUGCCGACAAGAUCGAGCACCACAACGCCAAUGCCUGGCUCCUCAACACCGGUUGGGUCGGUGCUGGUGCCCUUCAGGGAGGCAAGCGCUGCCCCCUCAAGUACACCCGCGCCAUCCUCGACGCCAUCCACUCUGGCGAGCUCGCCAAGGUCGAGUACGAGACCUACGACGUCUUCAACCUCCAGGUCCCCAAGACCUGCCCCGGUGUCCCCGACGAGCUUCUCAACCCCAAGGCCGCCUGGACUGCCGGCAACGACAGCUUCAACACCGAGGUCAAGAAGCUCGGCACCCUCUUCAACGAGAACUUCAAGAAGUACGCCAGCGAAGCGACCGAGGAGGUCGUCAAGGCCGGUCCCGUCGUUUAAAGCGCAAGCAUGCUCUGAGUUGAUUAGCGAUCAUAUUUAUGGAUUUAUGAAGGGCUCUUUUCUUUAAUCAUCUUUUGGGUACAAUUUUGGGAAAUCAGGAUGUGUCGUCGACAUAGUUCCGACACGAACAUAAUUGUCGCGUGGAUUGGAUACCGCGGCAAGCUUUGGGGAUUUGGUGUCAAAACGGAGUGAUAUCUGUUCUGGGCUUCAUUUCAUAGAAUGAGAAUGAGAAUAAACAUGAAGC